GCCGCCCUCGCCGUUUCAAACCCAUUUUCCGGCCACCACGAAUCGCCGUGCUAUCGCAUCUUCUUUUCAUUCAACACUCUCCGUCAAUUGCCCCGACGGUGUCAUGCCGCCGAAAGCACAGUCCCAGCGGCGCAUCACGCAGUCGCAAAGCGACCAGGUGUACGAGCUAGGUGUCCAGGGAAGGAAAACUGGGCUCAGGCUAGAAGAGCGCCCGCGCGACGAAAACGGGUUUGAGGCUGUCGACGAUCUCUUCUCUUCGCCUAGCAAGGACGAGCCCAAUGGCGCUGUCAACGGGCGCGGAGUCAACGGGCGUGGCCGUGCCGAGUCGGACGAGGAACAGGAUAUGGAAAUCGACGAUGCGUCUGUGAUGGGCCCAGCCACGGCCCUUAAGCAGCGCCAGAACCGCCCUUCGUUGCCACGUGCAAGGUCCCCGAUCAAGACGCACCUCCAGUCUCCGGCGCGCCAGAAUCCGCAUCUUGGCCCGUCUUCUUCGCCCACCCGCGGCUCCAUCGUAGCCACGCGCGAGGCUAGUCCCCCCCAAGCGGUAAACCGCAAACUCGACUUCGUCAAGAUCUCCCAGAGUAGCUCUCAAAACAGAAUGAAGCCCUCGACAAACGGACAACCGAAAGUAAAUGGCGCCAAAGCCCGGAAUGGAAAACUCACCAACGGCCACGCUCCUAUCGUUGAAUCCGACGAAGAGCCACGGGGCAAGCGACGCAACCCCCGAAAGGGAGAGGAGGAGAAGGAGGAGAAGGAGGAGGAGGAGGAGGAAGUGGAAGUGGAAGUGGGUCAAGAAGCAUCGAUUGACGUUCCGAAUGCUGGUAGUGACGAAGUGGACCCUAUAGAUCACGAUGAUCAAGACGACGAUUUACCCGCGGUACCCGAGCCAGAGCCGGAAGAGGACGAGGAGCCGCAGCCAAAGGUCGCGAAACGUAGAGGUCGUAAACCAAAGUCCCCUAUAGCGCAGGUGGAAGAGGCGCCUGCCCGAACUGAGACCGCUGAGGGUUCUGCCAAGGCGCGCCGCGGGCGACCAGCGAAAACCGCACAGCCGGCGAAGCAGCCCGAGCCUAUGAAGAAGUCGCCGAAACGUAGGAGGCCCGAAGAGAGCCCGGCGGACAGCACUGAGGAACAGGAACAAGAGGAGGAUGUGGAAGAUAGGGAUGCAAAACGCCAGCGGACCGAGAAGAAAGAGAAGAAGACGGCGCAAGAUACUUCAUCCAAACCGGCCGCAACAAAGGAAAAGGGGAAGCCGGGUCGAAAGCGGAAAUCGUCCGGGGUUGGCGUCGAUUCGCCCGUAGUCCAACGCGGUCCCCCACUUCCCAGGGGUCGUGGCCUCGUGACGUUGAGGCGGGAAGAAGAGAAUAUCAUGCGAACUACGCGAUCAGGCCGGCUCUCGUACCAACCCCUAAAGUUUUGGCAGGGAGAACAUGUCGUAUUCGACAGCGCGAAGCAACAGGUCUUUGAGGACCGAGGCCGGCACUUUGUCAUGCCGGCUGUCAAGAGCGUCAUGCGCGCCGCCGAGACGAGCCCUGAGGGGCAGCCGAGGAAGCGGCGUGGACGGCCCGCGAAGCGAUCUAAGCCGGGGCGCCGCUCGUCCGCCAUCCAAGAGGAAGAGGUAGAGCGGGAUGAUUGGGAACACGACCCGGGCACCAUCACGGGCGAGUGUAUAUAUUGGCACCCGGAGCACGAGCUGCAGCAGCAGCUGGACGACGACGACCUCGAGGUCGUGGAGGAGGAGCUGGCCAUCUCCGAACCGGCGAUCCAGUUCAAGGACAUCAAGGACGCGACGUUCCGGUUCGCCAAGACCUUGACGAUGCCCUUCUUCGGGUCGGGCAUCGUGGACAUGCCCCCGGGCUCCGAGAAGCGUACUAAGAAUUCUAGGAAGAUGCAAAUGGUAUUCUUCGUGCACGCGGGUAGCGUGCGGGUUAUCGUCGCGCAGACCGAGUUCAGAAUCGGGAAGGGCGGCAUGUGGUUUGUUCCAAGAGGAAAUCAUUACAGCAUAACGAACGACUCAGACUACCCGGCGCGCAUCUUCUUCGCCCAGGGCUGCGAGGUGCUCGUCCAGAGCGAGGAGCCACAGGGCGGGACGCAGGAAUAGAAUAGGCAGUCGGCCGAUCUUUGCAGCUUCUCCUAGCUGCGCCCGUAAUGGGAGAGAAACAGAGGCGGAGAGGAAUCGAAGGGGAACGUUCCUACGAGGAGAAUCGGUA